UCUGGUAGCAGCGAGUUCGAGCCCUACUCCCGCUCCGCUUUGGUUCUCUCUCCCUUGGCCUGUGGGCCUUCGGACACCCGUCCCGUCAGCUCGUUGCGCUUAGCGCUCUCUCCCUGCCGCCAGGAUGCCGGUGACGGAGAAGGACCUGGCGGAGGACGCGCCGUGGAAGAAGAUCCAACAGAACACGUUCACGCGCUGGUGCAACGAGCACCUGAAGUGCGUGAACAAGCGCAUCGGGAACCUGCAGACCGACCUGAGCGACGGGCUGCGGCUCAUCGCGCUGCUCGAGGUGCUCAGCCAGAAGCGCAUGUACCGCAAGUACCACCAGCGGCCCACCUUCCGCCAGAUGCAGCUGGAGAACGUGUCCGUGGCGCUCGAGUUCCUGGACCACGAGAGCAUCAAGCUCGUGUCCAUCGAUAGCAAAGCCAUUGUGGAUGGGAACCUGAAGCUCAUCUUGGGCCUGGUGUGGACACUGAUCCUCCAUUACUCCAUCUCUAUGCCUGUGUGGGAGGAUGAAGGGGAUGAUGAUGCCAAGAAACAGACACCAAAGCAGAGGCUGCUGGGAUGGAUUCAGAACAAGAUCCCCUACUUGCCCAUCACCAACUUUAACCAGAAUUGGCAAGAUGGCAAAGCCCUGGGAGCCCUAGUAGACAGCUGUGCUCCAGGUUUGUGUCCAGACUGGGAGUCCUGGGACCCACGAAAGCCUGUGGAUAAUGCCCGAGAAGCCAUGCAGCAGGCAGAUGACUGGCUGGGCGUCCCGCAGGUCAUCACUCCUGAAGAAAUUAUUCAUCCUGAUGUUGAUGAGCACUCGGUGAUGACUUACCUUUCUCAGUUCCCCAAAGCCAAACUCAAGCCAGGCGCUCCUCUUAAACCCAAACUCAACCCAAAGAAAGCCAGGGCAUAUGGCAGAGGGAUUGAGCCCACUGGAAACAUGGUAAAGCAGCCAGCCAAGUUCACUGUGGACACCAUCAGCGCCGGGCAGGGAGAUGUGAUGGUGUUCAUUGAAGACCCUGAAGGGAAUAAGGAAGAGGCACAGGUGACCCCUGACAGUGACAAGAACAAGACAUACUCUGUUGAAUACCUGCCUAAGGUCACCGGGCUUCACAAGGUCAUAGUGCUCUUUGCAGGACAGCACAUCUCCAAGAGCCCAUUUGAAGUGAAUGUUGACAAGGCCCAGGGAGACGCCAGUAAAGUCAUUGCAAAAGGCCCAGGCUUGGAAGUUGCAGGGAAUAUCGCCAAUAAACCCACCUACUUUGACAUCUACACAGCCGGAGCUGGUGUGGGUGACAUCGCUGUAGAGGUUGAAGAUCCCCAAGGCAAGAACACUGUGGAGGUGCUCAUGGAAGACAAAGGCAACCAGGUGUAUCGGUGUGUGUACAAACCAAUGCAGCCUGGCCCCCACGUGAUCAACGUUUCCUUUGCUGGGGACAAUAUUCCCAAGAGUCCUUUUAUUGUGCAGGUUGGAGAAGCUUGCAGUCCAAAUGCCUGCCGGGCCAGUGGCAGAGGCCUGCAGCCCAAAGGCAUUCGUAUCCGGGAGACUGCGGACUUCAAGGUGGACACCAAAGCUGCUGGAAGUGGGGAGAUCGGCGUCACUGUGAAGGGUCCUAAAGGCCUGGAGGAGCUGGUGAAGCAGAAAGGCUUUCUGGAUGGGGUCUACGCAUUUGAAUAUUACCCGAGUACCCCAGGCAAAUACAGCAUUGCUGUCACAUGGGGAGGACACCACAUUCCCAAGAGCCCCUUUGAAGUUCAAGUUGGCCCUGAAGCAGGCAUGCAGAAAGUUCGAGCUUGGGGACCUGGUCUCCAUGGCGGGGUUGUUGGACGCUCAGCAGACUUUGUGGUGGAGUCUAUUGGCUCUGAAGUGGGAUCUCUAGGUUUUGCCAUUGAAGGCCCUUCCCAGGCAAAGAUCGAAUACGAUGACCAGAAUGAUGGAUCAUGUGAUGUCAAGUACUGGCCCAAGGAGCCGGGAGAAUAUGCCGUUCACAUCAUGUGUGAUGAUGAAGACAUUAAGGACAGCCCAUUUAUGGCCUUCAUCCACCCUGCCUCAGGAGACUACAACCCAGAUCUGGUUCAAGCAUAUGGACCAGGUUUGGAGAAGACUGGGUGCAUCGUCAAUAACCUAGCUGAGUUCACUGUGGACCCUAAAGAUGCUGGAAAAGCCCCCUUAAAGAUAUUUGCUCAGGAUGGAGAAGGCCAACCUAUCGAUAUCCAGAUGAAAAGCCGGAUGGAUGGCACAUAUGUCUGCUCAUACAUGCCAGUGAAGGCCAUCAAGCACACCAUUGCUGUGGUCUGGGGAGGUGUGAACAUCCCACACAGCCCCUACAGGGUCAACAUUGGGCAGGGUAGCCAUCCCCAGAAGGUCAAAGUGUUCGGGCCAGGUGUGGAGAGAAGUGGUCUGAAGGCAAAUGAGCCCACUCACUUCACAGUGGACUGCACAGAGGCUGGGGAAGGUGAUGUCAGUGUUGGCAUUAAGUGUGAUGCCCGGGUGUUAAGUGACGAUGAGGAAGAUGUGGAUUUUGAUAUUAUUCACAAUGCCAACGACACGUUUACAGUCAAAUAUGUGCCUCCUGCUGCUGGGCGAUACACCAUCAAAGUUCUCUUUGCCUCACAGGAAAUCCCCGCCAGUCCUUUCAGAGUCAAAGUGGAUCCUUCUCACGAUGCCAACAAAGUGAAGGCUGAAGGCCCAGGGCUCAGCAAAGCAGGUGUGGAAAAUGGGAAACCCACUCACUUCACUGUCUACACCAAGGGCGCUGGGAAAGCCCCACUCAACGUGCAGUUCAGUAGCCCCAUUCCUGGUGAAGCAGUGAAGGACUUGGACAUCAUUGAUAAUUACGACUAUUCCCACACCGUUAAAUACACACCCACCCAGCAGGGCAAUAUGCACGUUCUGGUGACUUAUGGUGGGGACCCCAUUCCUAAAAGUCCUUUCACCGUGGGUGUUGCUGCCCCACUGGACGUGAGCAAGAUAAAAAUCAACGGUCUGGAAAACAGGGUCGAGGUGGGAAAGGAUCAGGAGUUUUCUGUGGACACCAAAGGGGCAGGAGGCCAGGGGAAGCUGGAUGUAACAAUUCUGAGCCCAUCUCGGAAGGUCGUGCCAUGCCUAGUGGCUCCUGUCGCAGGCCGGGAGAGCAGCACUGCCAAGUUCAUCCCCCGGGAGGAGGGGCUGUAUGCUGUCGAUGUGACCUACGAUGGACACCCCAUCCCCGGGAGCCCUUACACUGUGGAGGCCUCAUUGCCACCCGAUCCCACCAAGGUGAAGGCCCAUGGUCCUGGACUUGAAGGUGGUCUUGUGGGCAAGCCUGCUGAGUUCACCAUUGACACCAAAGGAGCUGGAACUGGAGGUUUGGGUCUAACCGUGGAAGGUCCGUGUGAGGCUAAAAUCGAAUGCUCUGACAAUGGCGAUGGGACCUGUUCUGUCUCUUACCUUCCCACAAAACCCGGGGAAUACUUUGUCAACAUUCUGUUUGAAGAAGUCCACAUACCGGGGUCCCCUUUCAAAGCCGACAUUGAAAUGCCAUUUGACCCCUCCAAGGUCAUAGCGUCAGGACCAGGUCUUGAGCAUGGGAAAGUGGGUGAAGCCGGAAUCCUUAGUGUUGACUGUUCAGAAGCAGGGCCUGGGGCCCUGGGCCUCGAAGCUGUCUCAGACUCAGGAGCAAAAGCUGAAGUCUGUAUUCAGAACAACAAAGAUGGCACCUACGCAGUAACAUACGUGCCACUGACAGCCGGCAUGUAUACCCUCACCAUGAAGUAUGGUGGCGAGCUGGUGCCACACUUCCCUGCCCGGGUCAAGGUGGAGCCUGCUGUGGACACCAGCAAGGUCAAAGUCUUCGGACCAGGAAUAGAAGGAAAAGAUGUAUUUCGGGAAGCCACCACCGACUUCACAGUAGACUCUAGACCCCUGACCCAGGUAGGGGGUGACCACAUCAAGGCCCACAUCAGCAACCCCUCUGGGGCCUCCACGGAAUGCUUUGUCACUGACAAUGCUGAUGGCACCUACCAGGUGGAGUAUACACCGUUUGAGAAAGGUCUCCAUGUAGUGGAGGUGACAUAUGACGAGGUGCCUGUCCCAAACAGUCCCUUCAAAGUGGCUGUAACUGAAGGCUGCCAUCCAUCUCGGGCCCAAGCCCACGGUCCUGGAUUGAAAGAAGCCUUUACCAACAAACCCAAUGUCUUCACUGUGGUUACCAGAGGGGCAGGAAUUGGCGGGCUUGGCAUCACUGUUGAAGGACCGUCAGAGUCCAAGAUAAACUGCAGAGACAACAAAGAUGGCAGCUGCAGUGCUGAGUACAUCCCCUUUGCUCCAGGGGAUUAUGAUGUUAAUAUCACUUACGGAGGAUCCCACAUCCCUGGUAGUCCCUUCAGGGUUCCUGUGAAAGAUGUCGUGGAUCCCAGCAAGGUCAAGCUUGCUGGCCCUGGGCUGGGCUCUGGUGUCCGAGCCUGUGUUCCACAGUUCUUCACAGUAGAUAGUAGCAAAGCCGGCCUGGCCCCACUGGAAGUAAGGGUCCUGGGCCCACGAGCUGAUGAGAUGGAUUCCCAGUCAUGGCACAGCCCCUCGAAAGCCAUGUCAGAGUUCUUUAAAGAUGACCCAAGGGGUGACUUUAUGGAGACAGGCCUGGUGGAGCCAGUGAACAUGGUGGACAAUGGCGAUGGCACACACACAGUGACUUACACCCCCUCUCAGGAGGGGCCUUACAUGAUCUCUGUUAAAUAUGCUGAUGAAGAGAUCCCUCGGAGUCCCUUUAAGGUCAAGGUCCUGCCCACGUACGAUGCCAGCAAGGUGACUGCCAGUGGCCCUGGCCUCAGUUCCUAUGGGGUGCCUGCCAGCCUGCCUGUGGAGUUUGCAAUUGAUGCCAGAGACGCUGGGGAAGGCUUGCUUGCUGUGCAGAUAACGGACCAAGAGGGAAAACCCAAAAGAGCCAUGGUCCAUGACAAUAAAGAUGGCACAUAUGCUGUCACCUACAUCCCUGACAAGACCGGGCGCUACAUGAUUGGGGUCACCUAUGGUGGAGACAACAUCCCAUUCUCUCCUUACCGCAUCCGGGCCACACAGACAGGUGAUGCCAGCAAGUGUCUAGCCACAGGUCCUGGCAUCGCCCCUAUUGUAAAAACUGGCGAGGAAGUAGGUUUUGUGGUGGACGCCAAGACUGCUGGGAAGGGGAAAGUGACCUGCACAAUUCUGACCCCAGACGGGACUGAGGCUGAGGCUGAUGUCAUCGAAAAUGAAGAUGGCACCUAUGAUAUUUUCUAUACAGCUGCCAAGCCAGGCACCUACGUGAUCUAUGUGCGCUUUGGAGGCGUGGAUAUUCCUAACAGCCCCUUUACUGUCAUGGCCACGGAUGGGGAAGUGACAGCCAUGGAGGAGGCACCGGUGACUGAGGAGGCCUAUGUCCCAGUGAGUGACAUGAACGGCCUGGGAUUUAAGCCUUUCGACUUGGUCAUUCCCUUUGCGGUCAGGAAAGGAGAAAUAACAGGAGAGGUCCACAUGCCUUCUGGGAAGACAGCCACACCUGAGAUUGUGGACAACAAGGAUGGAACUGUCACCGUCAGAUAUGCCCCCACUGAGGUUGGGCUCCACGAGAUGCACAUCAAGUACAUGGGCAGCCAUAUCCCUGAGAGCCCUCUCCAGUUCUACGUGAACUACCCCAACAGUGGCAGUGUUUCUGCCUACGGUCCAGGCCUGGUGUAUGGAGUUGCCAACAAAACUGCCACCUUCACCAUCGUCACCGAGGAUGCAGGAGAAGGCGGUCUGGACCUGGCUAUCGAGGGGCCUUCCAAGGCGGAAAUCAGCUGCAUUGAUAACAAAGACGGGACAUGCACAGUGACCUAUUUGCCCACGCUGCCAGGCGACUACAGCAUUCUGGUCAAGUACAAUGACAAGCACAUUCCUGGCAGCCCCUUCACAGCCAAGAUCACAGAUGACAGCAGGCGCUGCUCCCAGGUGAAGCUGGGCUCCGCUGCUGACUUCCUGCUGGACAUCAGCGAGACGGACCUCAGCACGCUGACUGCCAGCAUCAAGGCCCCGUCUGGGCGCGACGAGCCCUGCCUGCUGAAGAGGUUGCCCAACAACCACAUUGGCAUCUCCUUCAUCCCCCGGGAGGUGGGUGAACACCUGGUCAGCAUCAAGAAGAAUGGCAACCAUGUGGCCAACAGCCCGGUGUCUAUUAUGGUGGUUCAGUCUGAGAUCGGAGAUGCACGCAGAGCCAAAGUCUAUGGCCGAGGCCUAUCAGAAGGCCGUACUUUUGAAAUGUCUGACUUCAUCGUGGACACAAGAGAUGCAGGUUACGGUGGCAUCUCCUUGGCAGUGGAGGGCCCCAGCAAGGUGGACAUCCAGACAGAGGACCUGGAGGAUGGCACGUGCAAGGUCUCCUACUUCCCCACGGUGCCAGGGGUUUAUAUCGUCUCCACCAAAUUUGCUGAUGAGCAUGUGCCUGGGAGUCCCUUUACUGUGAAGAUCAGUGGUGAGGGAAGAGUCAAGGAGAGCAUCACUCGGACCAGCCGGGCUCCAUCUAUGGCCACUGUUGGGAGCAUCUGUGAUCUGAAUCUGAAAAUCCCAGAAAUCAACAGCAGUGACAUGUCAGCCCAUGUCACCAGCCCCUCUGGCCGUGUGACUGAGGCAGAGAUUGUGUCUAUGGGGAAGAACUCACACUGCGUCAGAUUCGUGCCCCAGGAGAUGGGUGUUCACACGGUCAGCGUCAAGUACCGUGGGCAGCACGUAACGGGCAGUCCCUUCCAGUUCACUGUGGGGCCCCUUGGUGAAGGGGGUGCCCACAAGGUACGCGCAGGAGGCCCUGGCCUGGAGAGAGGAGAAGCAGGAGUCCCGGCCGAGUUCAGCAUCUGGACCCGGGAAGCAGGCGCUGGGGGCCUCUCCAUUGCUGUUGAGGGUCCCAGUAAGGCCGAGAUUACAUUUGAUGACCAUAAAAACGGGUCAUGCGGUGUGUCUUAUAUUGCCCAAGAACCUGGUAUACAUGCAUAUAUUUUGUACUGGGAAUGUGCAAUGGGACCCCAGACUCCCAGGCCCAGUCAGUGUUUGGCACUGGACGGGAACACCAAGCGCCAUAACCUGUCUAAUACAUUGAAUUCUCAGGAAUCGGGAUUAAAAGUGAACCAGCCAGCAUCCUUUGCUAUAAGGUUGAAUGGCGCAAAGGGCAAGAUCGACGCAAAGGUGCAUAGCCCCUCAGGAGCUGUGGAGGAAUGCCAUGUGUCUGAGCUGGAGCCUGACAAGUACGCCGUGCGCUUCAUCCCCCACGAGAACGGCGUCCACACCAUCGAUGUGAAGUUCAACAGGAGCCACGUGGUUGGAAGCCCCUUCAAAGUGCGCGUCGGGGAGCCCGGACAAGCGGGGAAUCCUGCCCUGGUGUCUGCCUAUGGCACAGGCCUCGAGGGGGGCACCACAGGCAUCCAGUCUGAAUUCUUCAUCAACACCACCCGGGCAGGCCCAGGGACCUUAUCCGUCACCAUUGAAGGCCCAUCUAAGGUCAAAAUGGAUUGCCAGGAAACCCCAGAAGGGUACAAGGUCAUGUACACACCCAUGGCCCCUGGAAACUACCUGAUCAGUGUCAAAUAUGGUGGGCCCAACCACAUCAUGGGCAGUCCCUUCAAGGCCAAAGUGACAGGCCAGCGUCUGGUCAGCCCAGGCUCAGCCAACGAGACCUCAUCUAUCCUGGUGGAAUCUGUGACCAGAUCCUCAACAGAGACCUGCUAUAGUGCCAUCCCCAAGUCGUCCUCGGAUGCCAGCAAGGUGACCUCCAAGGGGGCAGGGCUCUCAAAGGCCUUUGUGGGCCAGAAGAGCUCCUUCCUGGUGGACUGCAGCAAAGCUGGUUCCAACAUGUUGCUGAUCGGGGUCCAUGGGCCCACCACCCCCUGCGAAGAGGUCUCCAUGAAACAUGUGGGCAACCAGCAGUAUAACGUCACAUACGUGGUCAAGGAGAGGGGGGAUUACGUUCUGGCUGUGAAGUGGGGGGAGGAGCACAUUCCCGGCAGCCCCUUUCAUGUCACAGUGCCUUAAACCAGUUUGUGUGCAAUCCCGGGGGGGGCAUCAUUCUUGUGGUUGCUUUUGUGGCUUGUUUGUAAAUUCGUUUUUAUACAGUGUCCUCGGCCUCUUGGUGGCUCUGAAACCCCAUCCCCACACAUUGCCCAUUCGAGGUGCUUUCCAAAGUCCGUUCUAGACUUGCCUCUUGAGGGCUGCGGUGGAAAGUUGCAAGCCAUGCAGACCCAUCCAAAUGGGCCCUUGGCACAUUCACUGCAGACAGACAAGAAUACCAGCAAGACCCACUUCCACAGUGAUGCUGGCUAGCCCACACUACUGGUUCUCUCUUGAACAUUUCUCAAACAAGACUCGGGGGUGGCGAGAGGCAGAGGAAAAGAGGAGCCCUCAUUUAGGUUGUCUUUUAGCAAAGGAGAUGGCUUAAAAGCAGCCUGAUCUAGUCCAGGGCCUGGAUUCUGUGAAGCAAAGCCUGUCCCGUGGUUGCCAUCUGACACAUCGCCCCCGCUUGCCUCGUACCCUGCCCGAUCCAUCAUCAUGCACCCUGGCCUUCUGACAUUUCCUCACGGGUGGAGUGUGCCAGUGACAGAUGGCUUCCCCAUACCUCUGCCCUGCUUCUGCUGAUCAUUCCCUUGCAGUCAGAGGGACUAUUGGCAGCCGUAUGUCUGCUUUUGUUUCCAGGUCUGUUUCCGUGUCUCCAUUCCUUAGCCAAGGAAGUUGUGUGCAGGGGGAAGCAGCAGCCACUUGCCAAAGAUCCUUCCUAACACACUAGCCUUUUUUUUUUUUUAACACACAUGCCCCAGCUGUUCUGCAGCCUGGCAAGUCUUACCAAAGCCUAUAAGAGAUCUCAGAUGGGUUCUGUGUGAUGAACCCUGUCCAUUGUCAGAGCACACAUCCCAGCCAGCCUCCUGAGUUGCUGUUUCUGGAAAACAAUUAUUAUUUUUUUUAAUAUAGGAAAGAAUGAACUUCUCGCUGGCAUUUGGCCUGAAAGGGAACUGGGGGGUGGGGGGGAGCGGUUCAUUGGUGAUCUCUUUACCAUUUGGCAAAAACAGCCACAGCUGUGGAGCUGCCCGUGGUCACGCUUUGACAACGACCCGGCAUCAUCCGGGGCUGCUGGGGAAGCGGCUCACAGGUGGGCCUCCCACAGCGGGUGCAGGGCAUUUUCCAAGGCUUCCCUCAGACCCUAGCCGGCUUGAGGGCAAAGUUAAAGCAACGGAAGACUUUCCCCCUGCGGCAUCGUGUGGUCUGAUGGGUAGACAUUCUGAUUUGCUGCUGAGCCCUGAGCAGGUGGCUGUUGUGGUCCCAGAUCGGGCAGGGGCGAGGUGCCCACCCCGGCUCUGAGGCCAGGCACCAAAGCCCACCAGGGAAGGACUGCGAGGUUGUAAACUGGGAUAUGGAAGCCAAACUGGAAUCAAAUGCCGACUGUAAAUUGUAUCGUAUAACUUAUUAAAUAAAAUGUGUGCUUCAUAAAGUU